AUGGCGUGGGCCAAUCAGGGCAUGAGCGCCCUGAUCCCGCUCAUCAAUCGUAUGCAGGUGAGUUCAGAAAUUUUUAUAUUGUACUAGACAUUUUCGUGGUUUCUUUAGAGAAAAAUUUGACUCGCUUUUAGAUUUUUUCUAAUAUUUGGGCCAGGACGAUGUAUUAAUAAAAUUUAAAUAUUUUCAGGAUGCAUUUGCUCAACUUGGGACGUCACUUAACUUCGAUCUUCCUCAAAUCGCCGUCGUUGGUGGCCAAAGUGCCGGUAAAUCCUCAGUAUUGGAGAACUUUGUGGGAAGGUAAGAGUUUUACUAUUUUAUUGCUUGGCCUUUAGAGUCUCGGAGGAUAAAGCAAAGGAAACUGCAUUUUCUUGCGCCUUCAUCCGACUCGCGGAAGGAGAAGGUGUCAGAAACAGAAAGUCACUUGUUAUUUAAGAAAAGACGUUGUUUUUGAUGAAGUAUACAUUUAUGUUUGUAAUUGCAGAGACUUUUUGCCCCGAGGUAGUGGAAUCGUAACUCGUCGACCUCUAAUCCUCCAACUUAUCAAUGACCGAGCAGGUGGGUUAAUGUAAUUAUCUUCGUUAUGUAUUUUCUUUAGAAUACGCCGAAUUUCUUCACAAGAAAGGCCACAAAUUCGUCGAUUUUGAUCAUGUUCGGAAAGAAAUCGAAGACGAAACCGAUCGUAUUACCGGUGCCAACAAGGGUAUCUCUCCGGUCCCUAUCAAUCUCAGGGUCUUCUCUCCUCAUGUCUUGAACUUGACUCUUAUCGAUCUGCCUGGUCUGACCAAAGUCCCUGUCGGCGAUCAACCCCACGAUAUUGAAACGCAAAUCCGUGACAUGGUCCUGACUUACAUUGCCAGAGAAACUUGUCUGAUUUUGGCGGUAACUCCAGCCAACUCCGACUUGGCCACUUCUGAUGCUUUGAAAUUGGCGAGAGAAGUUGAUCCACAAGGGUUGAGAACGAUUGGUGUGUUGACUAAACUCGAUCUUAUGGACGAAGGAACUGAUGCCAGAGAAAUCUUGGAGAAUCGACUGUUCCCACUGAGAAGAGGUAAAGGUUUUGCAUUUUUUUGUUAUGUUUUAGGUACCUAAAACUAACAGUAUUGAUGUUACAGGAUACGUCGGAGUCAUCAACCGAUCCCAGAAGGAUAUCGUCGGCCGGAAAGACAUCAAGGCCGCUCUGGAUGCCGAAAGAAAGUUCUUCCUCUCUCAUCCCGGCUAUCGGCAUAUGGCCGAUCGGCUCGGAACCCCCUAUCUUCAGAAGACUCUCAAUCAACAGCUUACCAAUCAUAUCAAAGAUACGCUGCCAGCACUGAGAGACACUCUCCAAAAGAAGUUGUAUUCCAUGGAAAAGGAGGUCGCGGAAUAUAAGAAUUUGGAUGUGAAUGAUCCCACCAGGAAGACCAAAGCAUUGAUGCAAAUGAUCCAGACAUUCACAAUGGAUAUGGAGAGAAGUAUCUCGGGGUCCAGCACUGCCUCAGUGAACACGAAUGAGCUUAGUGGUGGUGCCAGAAUCAACAGAAUCUUCCAUGAGAGAUUCCCGUUUGAAAUCGUCAAGAUGAAUAUCGAUGAAAAGGAAAUGCGAAGGGAAAUUCAGAUUGCGAUUCGGAAUUUCCACGGUAUUCGGUGAGUGAUGGGAGGCUCUGACUUGUAUUGGACUAGGAUAACCAAGAUAACAUUUGAAUUUUGAUGUGUCAUGUGCAAUAUAAUUAUUAUUCCCCUUUCAGAGUGGGUCUCUUCACCCCUGAUAUGGCCUUCGAAGCCAUUGUGAAGAAGCAGAUCACCCGUCUGAAGGAGCCUUGCAUGAAAUGUGUUGAUCUUGUGGUCACCGAACUGGCGAAUGUCGUCCGUCAAUGUGCCGAAGCUGUUACCAGAUACCCUCGCCUCCGAGAUGUCAUUGAAUCCACGGUGACUGGAUAUAUGAGACAACAAGAAGCUAGUGCCAAAGGUCACAUCACGAUGAUUGUUGAUGCUGAAUUGGCCUACAUGAACACUCAUCAUGAAGAUUUUAAUCCCACGGAAGCCAAGUCAAGCUCAGCGACAUCCAAGAAGAACCUCGGGAACCAAGUGAUCAGAAAAGGGUGGCUGAGUGUCCACAACAUCAGCUUUGUCCGGGGAUCCAAGGACUGCUGGUUUGUCCUCACUUCGGAUACGCUUUCCUGGUACAAGGAUGAUGAAGUAAGAGGGAUUUUACAGGAGUGUGUGACCUUACUUGAUUAUAUUACACUUGAUAAUUUUAGGAGAAAGAAAAGAAAUACAUGCUGCAAUUAGAUGGAAUCAAAUUGAAAGAUCUUGAAGCCGGCUUCAUGUCUCGUCAGCACAAGUUCGCCUUGUUUUAUCCGGAUGGAAAGUAAGUAGCCGUAAACAGUAGUACUAAUUAAUAUUUCUAUCAUACUGUCGCCUUUGUGGACGGAUUAAUCGUCGUAAAUUUGCAGGAGGUAGGAGAUAGAUGUGGUGUAGUUUUUGUAGCCAGUUCGUGUCGUAUUUGAUGUUUUUAAAUCCGCUACAUCACCCUCUUGUCAUUGCUAGUUGAACAUCGUUUUAGUCACAGAACAUUAAAUAUCGCUUUUUAUCUUUGAGCUUUUUGUUUUUUUUUGUUGAUUUCAAAGUGUAAUAUAAGUGUUUCAGGAACAUUUACAAAGAUUACAAACAACUGGAAUUGAGUGCCACCAAUCUGGAUGAGGUGGAUGCGUGGAAAGCCUCCUUCCUCAGGGCCGGAGUCUAUCCAGAGAAUAAUCAAGCCGCCCCGGAUGAGGUAAGUCCCCUGUCCGAAUGUCUAAUUCUGUGUCAUUCUUACAGCAAGAGGUCAGUUUACAAUUCCACCAAGAGAAGUUUACUUUUUUAUAUUGUAGUGGUGGUGGUGGUUGUAUCAUUCAGUUUUGUUUUGUGUUCAACUUUCAAAAGCACGAUGAUUUUAGCUUGAGAGGGCUUAAAAUAUUCUUGAAGGGAAUAGAGCUGCACUAUUUAUUUGCCAAUUCCAAAUUAACUUUUCCUCAUAAAAUAAUUUUCUUUUCACUAAUGAUCGUUGUAAAUCUGUCGUAAUUUGUGUAUUUUUAUAUGUAGAAUGGUCAGGUGCCCGAGGAAAAGAGCAUGGACCCCCAAUUGGAAAGACAAGUGGAAACUAUCAGAAAUUUGGUCGACUCUUACAUGAGAAUUGUCGUUAAGUCCAUCUGUGACUCGGUCCCAAAAUGGAUCAUGCUUCUGAUUGUGAACAAGGUAAGAGAAAGAAUUUUGAAAGACUUUGGUUUUGUUUUAGGUCAGUGAUUUUCUCCGGGAAGAGCUCCCAGCCCAUCUUUAUCAAAGCGGGCACGACACCGAUGCCCUGAUGGAAGAGUCGCCGUUCGAAGCCCAGAAAAGAAUGGAGACCAUCAGAAUGUAUCAAGCGUGCAAGGAAGCGCUCCGUAUCAUCCAAGACGCGAAUAUUGGAGACAUGCAAACCAUGGCCAUGCCUUCGAUGGGAGAUAUGAGAAUAGGAAACCCAUCCCCAGUCCCUCUCGGAGGUCGUCCUGCUCCCAUCCCGCCAGGCGCUGGUUUCGGACCUGGCCCAGGAGGUCGCCCCGCCCCAGUCCCACCACGCCCUGGAAUGGGAAUGGGUCCACCCCCGCCAGGAGCGAGGCCCAUGCCCGGAGGCCCAAUGGGUCCACCCCCACCCGGCCAUGCCAUGCCUGGACCUGGAGGACCACCUCAGUAAGUCGGGGAACGGGUUUUUAUUGAUUAAAAGGAGACAGUUUGAGUUGGUCUGGCUUUGAGAAAAGAGAUGGUCAUCAGAGGAAUGUUAUACAUCUUGUAUAAUAUUCCGCUUGAUGACAGUCCAUGUUUUGCUUCUGAUUCCGUCCUUGUCUGCUCUCUAUUUCCCUUGCUCUGUUUUUUAUUUGAUCACUUAUACUUGUUCUUGAUCCAUCCAGACCUUUUUAACAUUGCAUUUCUAUCGUUUAUUUUUCCUUAGGCGUCCUCCGCCGAACCAUUAGAGAGAGAGCCAGCACUGCAGACAGAGCAUAACCCCGAUGGGUAAGAGGUUGUAGUGAGUCUGGUUACUGUAUGGUUCUCGAUAUUGUGAUUGUGAUUGGGCCUUUUUUGAAGAAAUAUUGUCGUUAUAUUAGAGGAAAUAUUAUAUUUUUUGGAGAUUUCAGAUGGUUUUUGACGUCUGGAACGAAUUAUUUUGCGAUUUGUUGUACUUGCCUAUAUGGAUUUACCAUUAUUUGUAUUAAUCUCGAUCAUUUUUUAGACCACCCGCCCAUUCUCGCCCCCAAAUCCCGGCUCGACCAGCCCCCACUCCACCUCUUCGAUAA